CCUCGCCGCCUCUUCCUGUCCGUCCUGAUCCAGCAGGGUGAAGGUGAACCCAGCCCGUCUCUUCCUCUCAGCCCGCCUCAGGAAGCUCUGUCUCCCCCUCCGUGUUUCCACCUCCACCUCCUCCUGCACCGGGAUCACCUGCCUCCUCCUGAGCCAUGUCCCUCUUCAGCGACGUCCCCCAGGCCCCCCCGGUGGCGGUCUUCAAGCUGUCCGCGGACUUCAGGGAGGACGGCCACGCGCAGAAGGUGAACCUGGGAGUUGGAGCGUACCGUACCGAUGACUGCCAGCCCUGGGUGCUGCCGGUGGUGAAGAAGGUGGAGCGCCUCAUCGUGGACGACGACAGCCUGAACCACGAGUACCUGCCCAUCCUCGGCCUGCCUGAGUUCCGCUCCGCCGCCUCUAAGGUUGCCCUGGGAGAGGACAGCGCCGCCAUCAAGGAGAGCAGGGUGGGAGGCGUUCAGGCUCUGGGUGGCACAGGUGCGUUGAGGAUCGGGGCAGAGUUCCUGCGGCGUUGGUACAACGGCGUGAACAACACAGCGACGCCCGUCUACGUCUCAGCGCCCACCUGGGAGAACCACAACGCCGUGUUCGCCGACGCCGGUUUCAAAGACAUCCGUCCGUACCACUACUGGGAUGCUGCUAACAGAGGUCUGGACCUCGCCGGGCUCCUGGACGACCUGGAGAAAGCUCCAGAACACUCCAUCUUCGUCCUCCACGCCUGUGCUCACAACCCCACCGGCACCGACCCGACCCAGGAGCAGUGGAAGACGAUCUCAGAGAUCAUGAAGAGGAGGAAUCUGUUCGUGUUCUUCGACUCGGCCUAUCAGGGCUUCGCCUCCGGCAGUCUGGAGAAAGACGCCUGGGCCAUCCGCUACUUCGUCUCUGAGGGCUUCGAGCUCUUCGUGGCUCAGUCCUUCUCCAAAAACUUCGGCCUCUACAACGAGAGAGUCGGGAACCUCACGGUGGUCGCGAAGGACGGAGACAACCUGACCCGCAUCCUGUCUCAGAUGGAGAAGAUCGUCAGGACGACUUGGUCCAACCCGCCGUCUCAGGGCGCUCGCAUCGUCAGCAAGACGCUCAACUGCCCCGAGCUCUUCGCCGAAUGGCAGGGUAACGUGAAGACCAUGGCAGACCGCGUCCUCUUGAUGAGGGAUCAGCUGAAGGCCAAGCUGCAGGCUCUGGGCACCCCCGGGACCUGGGACCACAUCACCCAGCAGAUCGGCAUGUUCAGCUUCACCGGUCUGAACCCCAAACAGGUGGAGUUCAUGAUCAAAGAGCGGCACGUGUACCUGAUGGCGAGCGGGCGCAUCAACAUGUGCGGCCUCACCUCCAAGAACAUCGACUACGUCGCCCAGUCCAUCCACGAGGCCGUCACCAAAGUCCAGUAACGGACUCGCUGACUCCGCCCACUUACCGUCAUGUGUGUGUGUGUGUGACCUCUUGCCCCCCUGCCUCUUCUGCUUACCCCCUGCACUCUGAUUGGUUUAAACUGCAGCUGUUAAACCAACUGGGAGGAUUUUUCUUUUUCCUCACAUGAAGGUUAAAAAAACGAUUCGGGAGGUGCAAUGAUUUUAACCCUUUACGUGCUGCACAAGUCAUUUCAGUGAGGUCAGUACAGUUCACGAGGAUCUCAGGAUGGUGAUUCCUUUAACCUCAUUAUAGAGCUUCCUUCUCCUCGCACAGCUCCUUAAGUGAUGUUUGAAUCAUUGAACAAAAUGCUGGUGAUGUAAAUAGAUGUAAUCACAAUAUAAGGUCCUGAUGUUUCCUCCACUCCACCUCACUUCACCUUACUUCCACCGUCAGGAUCCUUUAAAUCUAACAGACCCCGGGAGCACCACGAGAGGAGGCGUCACUGCGGUCCCUUUGAGGGUCCUUUUUAAAGAAGAGCAUGUGCCUCAUGUUGUCGGUCUUUGCCUUGUCAGACGGCGCAGCUAAACAAAGUAGGAAGCUGGUGUUAGAUCACAAAGCGACUCGGUGCCAUUCGGAACAAACUCGCCUCUCUGUGUUUAUUCUCUCUGUUGUUAUUGUUUUUCUCUCCGCCCUGCAGUGCCCUUAUUGUGUUACAGAAAGCCUCCGUGAGCUCACACGGCCACGCUCCCAUCCUGCGGUGUUGUCUGUAUAGUGGAGCACAGCAGUGUGUGUGUGUGUGUGUUCAUGUACUGUAAUAAAUUAUAAACACCAGGAACCAAA